AUGGUAGGUGAAGAGAAUACAUCUCUAAGAAACCGACUGUCUAAGUCCAGUGAUAAAAAUCUUGAGGAAGAUGAAGAUAAGACAGACACUGAAAAGGAGUCUGUAGAGAAAACUAACAAUGGUCAGCUUACUGUAACACAGUUGAUAUCAAAGAAGUUACAAUUGACCGUAGAGGCAGAGCAAUUGAAGACAUUUUUUAUGAAGGAAGUUGGCAAUCACUUUGACGAUUUCGUGACUAAUCUCAUUGAAAAAUCAACGACAUUAGACAAUGGUGGAUGUGCAGUCACAUCUUUUUCAGUGCUUGGAGGAGAUAAAAACAACUAUAGAACUAAAGAUCUCAGGGCACCUCCAGAACAAGGAAAAAUUUUUAUCACACGGCGCUCUCUCUUAGAUGAGCUGUUAGAGGUUGACCACAUCAGAACAAUAUAUCAUAUGUUUAUUGCACUCCUCUUUAUCUUUGCCCUCAGCACACUGGUGGUAGAUUACAUUGAUGAAGGAAGAUUGGUACUUGAAUUCAGUCUCAUGUCUUACGCUUUUGGCAAAUUUCCUAUUGUUGUUUGGACCUGGUUUCCUAUGUUCCUGUCUACACUUUUUGUUCCCUAUUUCCUCUUUCACAAUUGGGCUAGUGGAUACAAGAGGAAUUCCUAUCCAGUGCUCCGUUCUCUUGGCUAUGGUUUACUUUUCCUAUUAUUCCAGAUUGGAAUUUUAGGUGUUAUACCAACAUAUGUUGUGUUAGCUUAUACACUGCCACCAGCUUCCCGGAUUAUUGUUAUAAGUGAACAGAUUCGUUUUAUAAUGAAAGCACAUUCCUUUAUCAGAGAGAAUGUCCCUCGAGUACUGGAUUCAGCUAAAGAAAAAUCAAGCACUGUACCAAUACCCACGAUCGGCAAGUACUUGUAUUUCUUGUUUGCACCUACACUCAUCUAUCGUGACAGCUAUCCCAGGACUCCCACUGUAAGAUGGGGCUAUGUUGCUACACAGUUUUUACAGACGUUUGGAUCCUUUUUUUAUGUGUAUUACAUCUUUGAAAGGCUCUGUGUCCCCUUGUUUCGGAAUAUCAAACAAGAACCCUUCAGUGCUCGUGUCCUGGUCCUGUGUGUGUUUAACUCUAUCUUGCCAGGUGUGCUGAUCCUAUUACUUACAUUUUUUGCCUUUUUGCAUUGCUGGCACAAUGCCUUUGCUGAGAUGUUACGCUUUGGUGACAGGAUGUUUUAUAAGGACUGGUGGAACUCUACAUCGUACUCUAACUAUUAUAGAACCUGGAAUGUGGUGGUUCAUGACUGGUUGUAUUACUAUGCUUACAAAGACUUCCUCUGGUUUUUCACUAAGAGAUUCAAAUCUGCUGCUAUGUUCGCUGUCUUUGCUGUGUCUGCUGUAGUGCAUGAAUAUGCCUUGGCUCUUUGUUUGAACUUUUUCUAUCCGGUGCUGUUCGUGCUCUUCAUGUUCUUUGGAAUGGCUUUCAACUUUGUUGUAAAUGACAGUCGGAAAAGGCCAGUUUGGAAUAUUAUGAUGUGGGCUUCCCUUUUCGUGGGUCAAGGAAUCAUCCUGUGUUUUUAUUCUCAAGAGUGGUAUGCACGUCAGCAUUGUCCUCUGAAAAAUCCUACAUUUCUGGAUUAUGUCCGACCACGCACCUGGACUUGCCGUUAUGUGUUUUAA